GGAUUUGACCAAAAGUCAAAGGGUGUUAGAGGCUGAGUGACUUGACCAACCGUGUUCAGGCGGACCCACCUUCCACCCAACAACUCGCCUUUCUUCUUCUUCCUUUUUCUGGCGAAUAGGGGAGACAGUCAGAGCCGAAGACUUUCUCCAUCUCUAUCGGUUCUCGCCAUCGAUCAUCUAGAAGUCCCAGAAAAAGGAAGAAACAGUCAGCCACGACUUGUCAAUCUCCAUCGUUCUUUAAGAACGGGGGAACGGAUUCUUCAAUCGAUUUGCAGCAAACCUAACCCCAUCAUCUCAUUCUGUUUCUCACCCAAUUUGGUCCGAAUCGGAAUCCACCGCGUUUAGUUCAUUGGGAAGAAGGAGAUAUUCGAGUGAUGAGCUCCAACGUGCCCUCGUCCAGCACAGCCGCUCCCGGAUCCGCCGAUAAUCAUACAGCAAGAAGAACUUCUAAGCGACCAAAGUAUUCAAGGUUUACACAACAGGAACUUCCUGCUUGCAAGCCAAUUUUAACGCCAAAAUGGGUUAUCUCAGCUUUUCUGCUAAUUGGUGUUGUCUUUAUUCCCAUUGGAGUGGUUUCUCUGUUUGCUUCUCGAGAUGUUGUAGAGAUUGUUGAUCGGUAUGAAGCUGACUGCAUACCGAGCAACUAUUCAAGGAAGGAAGUUGAGUUUAUACAAAGUUCUCUAGAUAAAACCUGCCAUAGGACGAUCAGAGUCUCGAAGCAUAUGAAGCACCCUAUCUAUGUGUACUACCAACUUGACAAUUUCUAUCAAAAUCACCGCAGGUAUGUUAAGAGCCGAAGCGAUCAACAGCUAAGGGAUAAGGAUAGCAAGGAUAAAAUCAGCACUUGUGAGCCCGAAGAUUCUUCAAAUGGGAGUCCUAUAGUUCCAUGUGGCCUUAUUGCAUGGAGUUUGUUCAAUGAUACAUACAGCUUUUCCCGCAACAAGCGGAAGCUGAAUGUAAACAAAAGUGAGAUAUCAUGGAAGAGUGACAGGGACCACAAGUUUGGAAAGGAUGUUUUCCCACAGAAUUUUCAGAACGGGUCUCUGAUCGGUGGUGGGAAACUUGACAUCAGCAAGCCUUUGAGCGAGCAGGAGGACCUGAUUGUUUGGAUGCGAACUGCUGCUCUUCCAACAUUUAGGAAGUUGUAUGGGAGGAUAGAGGUGGAUCUUAAUGCAAAUGAUGUGAUUGAAGUCGUAUUGAAGAAUAAUUACAAUACUUACAGUUUCAAUGGGAAGAAAAAGCUUGUGCUUUCUACCACUAGCUGGCUGGGUGGGAAAAAUGAUUUUCUCGGCAUUGCAUACCUCACAGUCGGUGGCCUUUGCUUCUUUCUGGCUAUAGUUUUCACACUCAUAUAUCUCGUUAAGCCAAGGCAACUUGGUGACCCGUCAUACCUGUCCUGGAACCGGAAUCCAGGUGGACACUAGGAGGCCAUCACUCAUCUUCAUGUAAUGUACCCAUCAUCCAUCAUGUACAAACUACAACAAAGUUGUGAAAAAAGUGUAAACAUAGUUUUCAAAACCUGUAUGCUGUGAACGUAUCGAUGUCUCAACUUGUGGUGAUGGUUGAAAUUUUAUGUUCCUUGAUUCUUGAUUUGAGUUGGGGGCUUAUUGAUAAUAGCCGCUCUAGCUAUAUCUAAGCUUUGUUGUUUUCUUGAUUCUUGAUACUGUUUGUAUAAGAUUGCAAAGAAAUACUAGUUUGCGCU